AUGUUUUCCCUAUCACUUUUCACAACCUGCGUCCUCAUUGCGUCCUGCCUCUGCAGAUGCUGCUGGGCAUCGCCUCUACCAAACGCAGCAGCAACCUCCCAGCUCUAUAUUACUGUCCAGCCUACAUCUGCUCAGCCCACAUCUAAGGCAUCCACGUCAGGGCCUCGGACUUCUAGUAGCACAAGCUCAAAGACUAUUUCGACGUCAUUCUUCGCCAGUUCCACUACCACAACCUCAAGAUUAUCCUCCUCGACAUGGCAGACAACCACCACCUCUACCUCUAAACCCCCUGCAACGACGCAGGCCAUGAGCACAUGGGCCUGGACAUCCCUUAGCAGCCAAUCCAGCAGUUGGAGCCAACCACCUCCCGGCCAGACGCAGUGGAGCGACCCCUGGGCUCAGUCCACAAGCUACGUAUUCCAAACAUCCACGUUGGAACGUGCCGGCAGCACGGCUACCACAGCCAACGCACCAUUAUUGACAUCCGCCACCGACGGGAAAGUCUCAGAUAACGAUAAGGAGAAGGAGAAGGAGUGGACAUGGAACGGUAUCAAGAAGGGCGAGCUUGCUGGAAUCGCCGUGUCAAUCGCAGGAGUCAUUGUUGCCAUCGUCGGGGUCAUUAUUGCCUGGUCGCAACGCUGCUUGUGCUUUCGCUAG